UGAGCAGUUGGCGUGAGCAGAUGUGAGCAGAGUUUGUUAGUAAGAUUUACUUGUUGUGUCGAUCAACGCAGAGUUUUCGAUCUCUCAAGCUGAGCCAAAGUUGUUCGAGGUGAACCUAGUUGUCGGACCUUUUUCUACGUGCAGCGCAAUUGCCAGUUUGGGCUUUGCGCGUAGGACGCGCUGAAAAAACAUGCCGAACAAGAAGACAAAGAAAGGAAAAGAGCGCCUUGACAAGUUCUACCAUUUGGCAAAGGACCAGGGAUAUCGAGCUCGCUCAGCUUUCAAGCUGAUCCAACUAGCAAAGAAAAACAACUUCUUGUCGAAGUCGAAGGUGUGCCUUGAUCUUUGUGCCGCACCAGGUGGUUGGUCACAGGUGGCGCAACGCAACAUGCCAGUUGGCUCCAAGAUCAUUGCGAUCGACCUGGCUCCAAUCAAGGCCAUCCCAGGUGUUACCUGUAUACAGUCCGACAUUACCACCGAGAAGUGCCGACAGUUGAUCCGGAAGGAGCUUCACGGCGCAUCCGCGGAUGUGGUCUUGCACGAUGGUGCACCGAAUGUUGGCACCUCAUGGAGCAAAGAUGCUUAUGACCAGGCUGAGCUCACGCUGCACGCACUGCGAUUGGCCUGUGAUUUCCUUAGGACUGGUGGAACGUUUGUGAGCAAGGUCUUUCGAUCCAAGGAUUACAACUCGUUGCUCUGGGUUUUCAACCAGCUCUUCAACAAGGUUGAGGCGACCAAGCCAACGGCCUCGCGGAAUGUCUCCGCAGAGAUCUUUGUGAUUUGCCUUGGCCUGAAAGAAAGCAGGAGCAGGAUAGACUCCAAGUUCUUUGACCCCAAGUGGGUCUUUAUGGAGACUGUGGAAGUUCUAGAUGAAGGACCCAAGAAGCCAGGAGCAACCUUGACGGAGCACUUUAAGAAGAUGAAGAAGAAGAACAGAGAUGGCUACGAGGAGGGGGAUGACAUGCGCAUUGUGCCGGCGCAUGAAUUCAUUGCCUCGGACAACCCGGCUGAAAUCCUCAUCAAGGCCCACAAACUGAGCCUCCAGGCGCCUGGGUGCGAGCCCAUAGCGCAAAAUGCGCUGACCACAAAAGACAUCGAGGAGCUUUGCGGAGACUUGAAGGUUUUGGGAAAAUCGGACCUUUCAAAGCUUUUGAAGUGGCGCAUGAAGCUGCUCAGAGAACAAGAGAAGAAAACGAGAGAAGCCGAAAAGAAGAAGUCCGAAGACCCAACCACUUUGGCGAUUCGUGCCAAGGCCAAGGUGCAAGCCGCACAGGCAGCUGCCAAGAAAGCCGUCGAUCGAGGCUUAGCGCCUGACCUGGAUAGUGCCAUUGCGCAGUUCUUGGAUGGCGAGGUGAAGGCUGAGGAUGUCAAAGCCGCAGAGGAGGCACCCUCAGAUUCAGAGGACGAGGCUGCUGAUGAUCGCUUGGAGCAGGACUUGAAAGACCAGAUUGACAAGAGAAGAAGGGAGGAUCGAAGAGAUGCCAAGAAGAUCAUGAACAGACAAAAGAAGCAGGAAUGGCGCAAAAAGAUGAGCUUGGUCACUGGGAAAGGAGCCACGAACGAGCAAGCGGAACUCUUCCGUGUGACAGACAAGGCUGCGAAGGCUUUAGAAGAUGCAUAUGCCAUUCCUGAAGAAUACCUCGAAGAAGAGCAAAAAGACUCUGAUGAGGAUCAGGGCGAAGAAGCCAAAAAGAAAGCAGAGCAAGAUGAAUCUGAUGCUUCUGACUAUGAAGAUGAUGAUGAGAUGGAUAGAUUAGCCAGAAUGGAGGUAGACUUGGCCCUAGAUCACGAGCUGCGAAAGGCGCAACUGACACACAAGAAGCGCAAUGCCACACAGCGCACAGAGAAGGCCAAGAAAGAAACCCGCCGGCAGCGGGUCACACAGAGCUGGGCACAAGAGCUCACAGACUUUUGUGAUGUCCAGCAGGGUGACGCCCGGCAGAUGCAGGCCCUUGGGGAUGAGAAGGAUGCGCUUGAAGACGAGGAUGACAGCGAUGAUGAUCUCCAGGCUCUCCGAAAAUUCCAGGAGAUGAUGGACAGUGGCGGCAGUGCUCGUGUUGACGGCGCAGCGCUGGAAGCUCUGGCUGAAGGUCCAUCGGAUGCUAAUGGCGGCUUGUUGUCCAGUGCCUCAAAGAUGAAACGUAUCGCUGCAGCUUCCGAUGAGGAAGAAGGCGAUGAAGAGAACUUGGCGGAGAUAGAUGAACCUGAACAAAGGAAAGCCUUAGCGGACCAAGCUGUCGAAGAGACCGCUUUGGUCCCACAUGAAGAGGAGUUGAGGGGGGAGCAGCGCGCCCAUAGAUGGUUCAGUCAAGACAUCUUCUCCGGCCUCUCCAAACGUCAGUCAGCGCUGCGCGAAGUUGACUCUGACAAAGAGUCGGAUGAGGAAUCAGUAGAGGGGGAGAUGCGGGAGCUCAGUGAUGCACAGCUGCCCAAGCUGCCUUUGACUGACAAAGCGAAGCGACGGCUCGAGCGGCAGAAGAAGACGCAGCGCCUCCAGAAGCUUGGCAUCAAGCCCAAAAGCACCCCAGAGGAGGGUGAAGAACGAGGUGCCUUGGAAGUCGCACCAAUGGAGCCCCCAAAACCGCUGGUGCCUGUGACACAAAAGCCCUCAGAUCCGAGGGAAUUGGCCGAGACUUUGGCCAUUGGAGCUUUGUUGGUUGAGUCGAAGAAGUCCAGAAUGGAGCUUCUGGACGCGGCCUACAACAGGUACACCUUUGAGCCCAACGAAGCCUUGCCUGUUUGGUUUGUUGAGGACGAAGAGAAGUACAACAAGCCAGAGUUGCCUAUCAGCAAGGAGCAGAUGAAUCAGUUUCGUCAAAAGCUUGCUGAGAUCAGCCGAAGGCCCAUCCGAAAAGUUGUGGAGGCGCGCGCCCGCAAGAAGAAACGCAUGGCCAAGAAGCUGGAGAAGUUGCGAUCCACAGCAAUGGCGCUCACUGAGACCUCUGACAUGAGCGAGCAUGCCAAAGCAAGGCAAAUGCGCAAAGCUGUCAGCAAAUUGGCCAAGCAGGAGCAGCGCCCUGUCACCAGUGUGGCCAUCAAAAAGGGUGGUGGGGGGCAUAAGCUUGACAAGAAGAAGGUGCCCAAGGGUGCCAAGGUGAAGACGGUGGAUCGAAGAAUGAAGGCGGACCUACGGGGUGAGAAGAAGGCUCGCAAGCGAAACCCUGGACGCUUCAAGAUGCAGCAGCGAAAGUUGCAGCAGAAGAUCAACAAAGGCAAAAGGCGGGGCAAAGGAGAUAAAGGAGACAAGAAAGGAGGAAAGAAACGAAAGCAUGGAGAUUGAGUUCCGUUCUGCGGCUUUGGCGGCAGUCUUGAUAAUGCCUGGGUGCCAUAUGGGCCUAGAGCUCCGCGUGAGCACUUAAAGCGUUUCACACAAUUCCAA